UUGAAUCAUCUCCUACUCAAAACUAAAGUCAACAUGUAUCACAUAUUACAGAUCUCCGGUGAUGUUUUCAGGUCUAUGGGUUUGAAGAUGAAGAUUAUUUUAACAAUCCUCUUUAGUGGCUUACUCAUUGGUUCCGUAAUCUUACUAUCAUUCUCUAACAACUUCAACGACCAACUUCUUCUUGCUACAAUCAACAGUUCAAGUGAAUCCGAACCUCUCCAUGAUAGAUUGAUAGGAGGACUUUUAAAACCGGGUUUCGAUGAAGGUUCUUGCGUGAGUAGGUAUACUCAAUCGUUGCUGUAUCGCAAGCCUUCACCAUACAAGCCAUCACCAUAUCUUGUCUCUAAGCUAAGACGCUACGAGAAGCUUCACAAACGUUGCGGUCCAGGCACAAAAGCUUACAAGAAAGCAACAAAGAAUCUUAGCCACGACGACGCGAAUUACGCAAACAAAUCCGUUGGUAAAUGCAGAUACAUUGUGUGGGUAGCGGUUUACGGGCUAGGAAACAGAAUACUCACUCUCGCAUCUGUCUUCCUCUAUGCUCUCUUGACAAACAGAGUCGUCCUCGUUGAUCAAAGCAAAGACAUUAGUGAUCUCUUCUGCGAGCCGUUUCCAGGUACUUCAUGGUUACUCCCUCGUGACUUCCCCUUGAUGAAUCAGAUUGAUGGAUACAACAAAGAGUACUCUCGUUGUUACGGAACAAUGUUGAAUAAUCAUGCCAUUAGUACUAACUCGACCCCGCGGCAUCUUUACCUUCAUAUCAUACAUGACUCAAGAGAUGAAGAUAAGAUGUUCUUUUGCACCAAGGAUCAAGAUAUGAUCAAUAAGGUUCCUUGGUUGAUUGUUAAAGCCAAUGUCUACUUUGUUCCAUCUCUAUGGUUUAAUCCAACUUUUCAGACCGAACUGAUGAAGCUGUUCCCUCAGAAAGAAGCAGUGUUUCAUCACUUGGCUCGGUAUCUUUACCACCCGACGAAUCAAGUCUGGGGUAUGGUCACUAGGUACCACGAUGCUCACUUAGCAAGAGCAGACGAGAGGCUCGGGAUUCAAAUACGUGUGUUCAGCGACCAACCAGGAUAUUUCCAACACGUCAUGGAUCAGAUCUUGUCUUGCACGCAAAGGGAGAAGCUAUUACCACAAGUAGUUUCACAAGAAGAAUCAAAACUCAAUAUAUCUCAAAGACAGAAACUCAAAGCUGUUCUAGUAACAUCUCUCUAUCCAGAGUACGCUGAUCGCAUCAAGAACAUGUUUUGGGAACAACCUAGCUCGACAGGAGAGUUAAUAGAAGUUUAUCAACCAAGUGGAGAAAGGUAUCAACAAACUGAUAACAAGCUUCACGACCAAAAGGCCUUGGCUGAGAUGUAUCUUUUGAGUUUGACGGAUAAGAUUGUCACAAGCGCAAGGUCCACGUUCGGAUACGUUGCUCAUAGUCUAGGAGGGUUGAAGCCAUGGUUACUCUAUCAACCAACGGAUGCUUCAGCUCCUGAUCCGCCGUGUGUUCGGUCCACGUCGAUAGACCCUUGUCACCUUACUCCUCCCUCUCAUGGAUGUGAUGCUGAUUGGGGAACUGACUCGGGGAAGGUUGUUCCUUUUGUAAAGCAUUGUGAGGAUCGAGACAAUGAUGGUCUGAAGCUAUUUGAUGACAUACCGUCCAGAGCUCGUCUUCUUUCAUCUUGUGACGGUCACAACAUGAGAUUUCACCCACAUCUCCUUCAUCCAAAAACCAGAUUCAACAUGAAGAAACUGGAAGACAACAACAUGUCGUUUAAGAUCUCAGGUAUGAUGAAGCUGACGAUAGCAUUCGCCACAUGCUUACUACUUUCCAUGGUGUUGCUACUACCAUCUUACAACAUCGUCAAACUUCACAAGUCGUCUCAUCUUACAACCACCGGAGGGCUUCUUGCAACAGGUUUUGAUGAGGAAUCUUGCUUGAGUAGGUAUCAUCAGUCCUCUUUACGCAAACCAUCACCAUACAAACCAUCUACAAACCUUGUCUCUAAGCUAAGAACCUACGAGAUGCUUCACAAGCGUUGCGGUCCAGGCACAAAAGCUUACAAGAGAGCUAUAAAGCAACUUGGUAACAACAAUGUAACAAGCAGCAACGGUGAUGAUUGUCGAUAUGUAGUGUGGACACCUAUGUUUGGUCUAGGAAACAGAAUACUCUCUAUGGCCUCUCUCUUCACAUAUGCUCUUAUGACAGAUAGAGUCAUGCUUGUUGACCACAGGAACGAUAUAACCGACCUAUUCUGCGAGCCUUUUCCCGGUACUUCCUGGUUACUUCCUCCAGAUUUUCCCUUAACAAAUCAGAUAGAUAGCUUCAACCGUACACAUUCGCAUUGUUACGGGACAAUGCUGAAGAACCAUGCCGUUAACUCAACUACAACACCGUCACAUCUUUAUAUUGAUAUCUUCCAUGACUCAAGGGAUCAUGAUAAGAAGUUCUUCUGUGAAGAGAACCAAGCUUUUCUCAAGAACGUCCCAUGGCUAGUUGUGAAGUCUAACCUCUACUAUGCUCCAUCUCUAUGGUUGAUACCUAGCUUUCAGACCAAACUCAUCAACCUCUUCCCACAGAAACAUACAUCGUUCCACCACUUGAGUCGGUAUCUGUUCCACCCAACAAACCAAGUUUGGGGAAUGGUCACAAGAUCCUACAACGCUUACUUAUCAAGAGCUGACGAGGUACUAGGGCUUCAAAUAAGAGUGUUCAGCACGCCAGCUGGCUAUUUCCAGCAUGUCAUGGACCAGAUUGUAUCAUGCACACAAAGAGAGAAGCUCUUGCCUGAACUAGCUACAAAGGGAUCAUCACAAGUGAUGAAUAUAACAAAGACACCGAAACUCAAAGCGGUUCUUGUCACAUCUCUGCAUCCAGAGUACUCUGAUGAGCUAAAGAACAUGUUCUUGGAACGAGCUAGCUCAACGGGAGAGAUCAUUGAAGUGUAUCAGCCAAGUGGAGAAAGGGUUCAACAAACAGACAAGAAGGUACAUGACCAAAAGGCUCUCGCAGAGAUUUAUCUUUUGAGUUUAACUGAUAAGCUUGUGACAAGCACAAGGUCUACGUUUGGAUACGUAGCGCAAGGUUUAGGAGGAUUAAAGCCAUGGAUACUGUACGAGCCAAGGCACGAAAAAGCUCCUGACCCACCGUGUGUUAGGGCCAUGUCUAUGGAGCCUUGUUCUCUUAAAGCACCAAUCUCGGCUUGUCAAGCCGAGACAAUUAAGACAACCCCUUUUAUUAAGUACUGUGAGGACCGUAUCACAGGGAUUAAGCUAGUUGAUGAAUUUUGA